CUCGUCCAGAAGCAAUAAUUUCGGUUCAAAUAUUAAAACGUGAAAUUACAAGCCUCGACACCUCAAUUAUUCACACCCGUGUUGGUAUAAAAGCCGGAAAAGGGGGCCAAAAACCAGUCAAAAUGUCCGACGAGUACGUCAAAGACGUGUUUGUGGUCAAUCGGUGGAUUUUGCGUUGUGCUGGUCUUUGGAAACCAAGCACUGAUGCAAAAUUAGUACAAAUCCCUUACAAAAUUUACGCAAUUGUUGUUUUUCUCUUCGUCAACGUGUAUUUCACCUCGACGGAGUUCCUGAGCCUCUUUUACACCCAUAAAAACUUGUACAACUUCAUCAAGAACGUCAACUUUUUUUUGACACAUUUCAUGGGGGCUGUUAAGGUGAUUUUCUGGUUUUUCAAAGGCCACGUCUUGAGGGACUUGAUGGGGACCUUGGAAAGCCCCGAAUUCCACUAUGAGGCUUGUGGGGGCUUCCAACCUGGCCAAAUUUGGCGAAAGUACCGCCGGAUUGGGUUCAAGUACUCCCUUGGGUUCCUAACCCUCGCCCACAUGACCCUCUCCUCGUCCUACAUCCCCCCUUUUCUCACAGUGGUUCUGAACCCGCCACCUUACCAAAACGGUACCGUCAGCCCUUUCUACCAGAAACUGCCCUAUUUUAGCUGGAUGCCCUUCUCGUACUCCACCCCAGGGACGUAUUUGCUAGCCCUGGGGUACCAAGCCGGCCCCAUGUUCUCCUACGCCUACAGUAUAGUCGGAAUGGAUACACUUUUUAUGAACAUUAUGAAUUUUAUAGCCGCCCAUUUUGUCAUUUUGCAAGGGGCUUUCGCAAGCAGUAAAAUGCGGGUUUUGGACAUGAACAAAGAGAUGAAAAAGAAUUGCCGACACUUGCAGACAAUCCUCAGGGUCUCCGAGGACCUUGAGAGGGUGCACAGGUACUUGACUUUGGGGCAACUAACCGCAACUCUAUUCAUACUUUGCACCUCUUUGUAUUUAAUUUCUACGACCCCGGCUAGUAGUAAGCAGUUUUACGCCGAAUUGGUCUACAUGGUAGCCAUGGGUUUCCAAUUGUACCUCUAUUGUUGGUUUGGUAACGAAGUGACUCUAAUGGCAAGUGAGGUUCCUGUGAACGUCUGGAAGGCCGAAUGGUACGACUGCGACUUAUCGUUCAAGAAAAACAUGAUUUUCACAAUGACUCGAAUGCAGAAACCGAUUUAUAUGACUGUGGGGAAAUUCGCACCUUUGACAUUACAAACUUUCGUUUAUGUGAGCCCCCUUGGCCACUUUCUGCCACGCAUGUUACAAAAUUUCGAUUCCAGAUUCUCCGAACUUCAUAUUCGAUUUUUGCAGUGAUCAAAAAUACCAGUAUUUAAGGGAAAAUAAACGAUAACUCAGCUAAUGGUCUUGUUUGUGGUCAAAGCGCUGCUGGAUACUCGUGUCCAAGCUAUAAUUUUACUUGUUUAGAUAAAUAUUUUGCACCCUGGGGUUUGUUUUUGAUGGGUUUAUUAGGGCCAGUGAUUUUUCUGAGUCAACUGUGGAAUUUAGGCACUUGUUUUGACGUGUUCCAGAUUAGAAAGUGUGUUUAGUCUGCGGUCCGCACGAUGCAAAUUGCAUGAAAAAUCAACUAAAAAGCGGAUCUAUUUAUGAAAAUUAAUGGAAUUUAUUAUAGUUGCGAGCAACAAAAAUUUUAAUGUAAACAAAUUGGGGAUUUGGUCAUUUUUUAUUUUGACAAAAGGAAUUUUACUUUAAUUCUGCGGUUUUCAAACAAAAUCAUACUGAUAAUAAUAAUACCUUUUGUGUAAGUAAUUAUUCAUGACUGUAUUAGCAUUUAGCACACUGCAAAUUUGAUAAAUAAAUGCGGAAAAUAAAAAAAGUUUUUUCAAUUUUAUUGGUGAUUCCAGUGGCGGAGGUUUAGUUCAGUAAAUAAACACCAACAUUGUUGAUUCAUGUCAGAGUUUCGAUUUAAAUGUCAAAAUUUUCAUUCAUGGAACGUCUAGUUUUUAUAACGAGUGACUAUUAAUGUUUGUGACAAAAAAAUCUAUUGGCAACACUGUCGA